CUCAGCUAACAUGUGCUGUAGAGGUAACAGGGUCCUGGCCCUUAUCCAGGAAGAUCCUUUUCUCACCAGGAUUACCCCCGCGUUUCUAGAGUCAGAUGUCAUUGUUAGCCUCGACAUUGGGAGAAGGAUCUCAGUCGGUUGAUAUACGGGAAAUAGGUACGAUGGACACCAUAGUCGGGUUAAUGGGACCAGCUGGUUCCGGGAAAAGUUCGUUCGUAGCAAAAGCCCUGGGGAGUAUGGACAAGGGCAUCGGACAUCAUUUAUGUUCUUCGACAAGCGAGAUCAAGGUCACCAGAUGUACGGUUGAACGUUCCAGCGUGGUUCUGGUAGAGUUUCCCGGGUUCGAUGAUAUACAGAGAUCCGACUUGAUGACCCUGAAUAUGAUUGCCCAAUGGCUGAUCGCAGGAUACGAGCAUGGGAUCAUGCUUUCGGCCAUCCUUUACUUUCAUCGCAUAAUAGAUAGUCACAUGGCUGGAAGCUCGCUCAAGAACUUGAGAGUCUUCCAAAAGUUAUGCGGGAAGAACGCCAUGCCUAAUGAUCGUCCUGGUCACUACAAUGUGGGAUGAAGUGGACCACGAGGUUGGCGAGGAGAGGCUGGCGAUGCUCAAGGACAUUUAUUGGAAGACGAUGAUAUCCCAAGGGUCUACGACGUUCCGGCAUAUGAACACUCAAGAAUCAGCCGUGCAG